UCAUGGAAGGUUGGGAUAGCGUCAUGAGCUCCUCCUACAAAUUUUUUCUUUUACAAUAACCAAAGCUACAGACCAGCCAACCUUCCUCACUUCUUUCUUACUUUAAUUCAGCAUGAGUCAGAUUUCAGCCUCCAAGCAGAAGAGACUGGCCGCCAAAGCAGCCCGCAAUUCAGCCAAGGCUGCAAAGAGUGGAGAGCCAACACCAGUAACCUCAGGAAAAAGCACACCGGCCUUGUCGUCAUCCAUGAACAGUUCAUCGGAUGAUCUCACUCUGGAAAAGCUCAAUCUCAAAGUGGACCGUACUGCUACCGGAGUCUAUACUUCCCAAGAGCGCUCCAGAGAUUUGAAAAUCGAGUCUUAUUCGCUUAACUACCACGGUCGUGUGCUGAUCGACAAUGCCACUAUUGAACUUAACUUUGGCCGAAGAUAUGGUUUAAUCGGUGCCAACGGAUCUGGUAAAUCCACGUUUCUGCAAUCCCUUGCUAGCAAGGAUAUCGAAAUCCCAGGACACUUUGAUAUUUAUCUGUUGAACCAAGAAGCUGAGCCUGAACGCAAAAAUGCUGUGGAAACCGUCAUAGAACAUGCGCAAAAGGAAGUGGCACGUCUUGAAAAGCAAGUGGAGGAUAUUUUAGGUGAAGAAGAUGGGGCUGACAAUCCGAUUUUGGAAGAUAUCUAUGAACGAAUUGAGGGUCUUGAUCCUUCGACAUUUGAAACCAGAGCUUGUACCCUUCUGGCCGGUCUAGGAUUUACUACGCAACAAAUGGACAAAAAUACAGAAGACAUGUCUGGUGGUUGGCGAAUGCGUGUGGCGCUUGCCAAAGCUCUUUUCAUUCGACCCACCGUUCUCUUGCUAGACGAACCUACCAAUCACUUGGAUCUGGAAGCUUGUGUUUGGCUUGAAGAGUAUUUGAAAACCUAUGACCGUAUCCUUAUCAUUGUUUCGCACUCACAGGAUUUCCUCAACGGAGUGUGUACCAACAUGAUGCAUCUUACUCAUAAGCGCAAGUUAGUGUAUUAUGGUGGUAAUUAUGACCAAUUCGUCAAGACCAAGGAAGAAAAUGAAGUCAACCAAGCCAAAGCCUAUCAGAAGCAACAAGAUGAAAUUGCUCAUAUCAAAAAAUUCAUUGCCUCCGCUGGUACCUAUGCCAACUUGGUGCGACAAGCAAAGUCCAAGCAAAAGAUCAUUGACAAGAUGGAGGCGGCUGGUUUGAUCGAAAAGGUUGAACAUCCCCCACCGUUCAAGUUCAGUUUUACUGAUACCGACAAGUUGCCUCCUCCGGUACUCGCCUUCCAAGAUGUGUCCUUCGCCUACAGUGGAAAGAUGGAAGAUUGUUUGUAUCGAAAUGUUGAGCUUGGCGUUGAUAUGGAUUCCAGAGUUGCCUUGGUCGGACCCAAUGGUGCUGGAAAGUCGACGUUGCUAAAGUUGAUGAGUGGAGAACUGGUUGCCACCGGCGGCCGUGUCCAACGGCAUACCAAUCUCAAAUUGGCCAAGUAUUCACAACACUCCAAUGACCAGUUGGAUAUGGAUGUCAGUCCUAUCGAGUACAUGAAAAAGCAGUUCCCUGAAAUUAGCACCGAAACAGAUUUCUGGCGUCGUCAAAUCGGUCGGUAUGGGUUGACGGGUACGCAUCAAACCUCGCCCAUCGCUCAUCUAUCCGACGGCCUCAAGUCCCGCCUUGUGUUUGCAGAAUUAGCCAUGGCCCAUCCUCACAUCAUCCUCCUGGACGAACCUACCAAUCACUUGGAUAUGGAGUCCAUAGAUAGUUUAGCGGAUGCCAUCAAUCGAUUUUCUGGAGGCGUUGUACUUGUUUCUCACGAUUUCCGGUUGAUCUCUCAAGUUGCAAAAGAUAUCUGGCGAUGCGAAAACGGUCACGUCGAACCAUUUGAGGGCAGUAUCCAGGAUUACAAGGAAGCACUUCGCAAGAACGUCAAGUUGUAAAUGGCUAUGUUUCCACCGCCUGCAUCUCAAUUUUUCUUUUUUUCCAAAUGAAUCUGACACCGAAGAAAAACCCCAAUUCAGCCUCGCUUGCUUGCUUACCUUGUUCUUUCCCUGGUGUCUUUUCUCUUCUACUCUAGAUUUCUUUUUCUCAUGUUAUGCUUGAGCAA